GUAUGCCUUCUGUCCUGCCACCGAUGAUCACAUGUUCCAUGAGAGCUCCUAUUGAAUGCCUGCCCGUAGAGCUGGUCGACCUUAUCGUUACUAAUUUCUCUCUGGCAGACUACCAGAAUGUUCGUCUUGCCUCAAAACAGCUUAUAUACCUGACACUGUCAUCCUUUCGUGAUCGCUACUUUACACGCCGCACUACCACUCUAGCAUCCUCGUCGCUGGACCGCUUGAUCAGGGUUUCAGCAUGUCGUCACCUAGCUGACGCAGUCCUUUAUCUGGAUGUCAAACUCCUUAAUCGCGCCGACUAUGAAAAUCUGCUGCAAAUUAGCCGCGUGGGUAUAUAUCCUCCACCUAAGCGAUUUGCACGGGUUCCGCAAGUCAAAGCCGAUGAGAUUAGCCAGGAAGCCCGAUUAUUUGAGUACAUGCGGCGCGAUGAGGACCCGAAAAUUGUCAUCGACAAGCUCGCACGCGCGCUCCGCCGCCUGCGUCAUCUUGAAUCUGUCCGUAUGAGAGUGAAUGGAACUACUGUCGCCAGCGUACCGAGUGAAGUGUAUGAUGAUCACGCUUUCUUGGCUUCGUCCUUCACAGCUAUCGUGGGCGCAUUGUCAAAAAGCGAGUUAAAGAUCAAAGAGCUUUAUACUAUAAAGGGUACAAGCAUUCGUGCGACCACGAAGUCAGCAAACUUGAGCUAUAGGGCAUUCGCCUUGCCUUCCUACGUCUCUUCAUCGUUGACGCAAGCUUUUUGUUCGUUGCGAACACUUGGACUGUCACUCUGCACCGACUAUAUGGAUUCCCGUGUGCCUGGUUGGGAGAAAAGCAUAUGCAGUUUUAUUGGAUCCGCCUCCGCCCUGGAAGAGCUGGUGCUUUGCACGCAGUUGAAUUAUGGGCUACCUCAGUGGAGAGUUGCUGUCAUCCACGCGUUGGCACGCUCCGUGCGUCUACGUGCUCUCACAACACUUCAGAUACAUGGGUUUCAUGUUACCAUGUCUGACAUGAGGGAAUUUAUACGCGCACACUCAUCAACCCUUCGUAAACUUACCAUUCGCAAGUGCCAUAUGCUAGAGGAUACAUGGAAAUCACUAUUGGCCUCGUUUCAGGGAUUGGACCUAGAGUAUAUGCGUCUCGUCAAACUUCAGCAGCAAUCAAUCCCGAAACAUAUGUAUUGGAUGCCUCCCACAGGAGAAAAAAAGAAUAAAAUUGUCUUGGAUAUCAGGGGAAAAUUGCCGACCAAGCGGAUGGAUGAAAUGCUAGCAGAUGCCAUCGAGACUCUUGUUUCCUCUGUGCCUUUGCACGAAGCUUUGGAUUCCUAGGAUCCCCAACUACUCAAAUUUGUCUAUCCGUCCUCUU